AUGUCCAAGCAUCGUGGACGGGAUCAAAAACGUGAGCCUCAAGAGCCGCAACGGCUGCUGCAGAUGCACCAGAGCUAUGCGCAGCUUUGGUCGCCUCCUUUGCCCAGAGUGACUGAACUGCGGUCUGCGGGGCCAGCAACACCGCCUCGGGUAUACGUUGCAGCUCGGAGCACUUCAAUGCCUGCAGCUCACGAUAGAGGUUAUGCUUUUUUGACGUCAUGGUCACCGAGUCUAUCUCAUCUAAGGCGGUUCACGCCUCAGCGAGGCUGGAGACAGCCCACACGUCGUUUCCAACGGACUUGCUCCGGGGCUGGGCGCCAGUACCAGACCGCUCGUCAGCGUCCUGAGCGGCACGGAGCACCACAGCUGAGCGCUAACGUAGACGAUGGAGCAGCUGCAGUUGCUACUGCAGCUCCGGAGAUACGCACAGCUUUUGACGCACUCGUCAUAGGUUCCGGGAUUGGUGGACUGGUCACAGCGACGCAGCUGGCCCAGAGAGGCGCCAAAGUCGCUGUAUUUGAGCGUUAUUUGAUUCCAGGAGGCUCCGCUGGUUUUUUUCGGCGCGGUGGCUACACUUUCGACGUGGGAGCAUCCAUGAUCUUUGGCCUCGGAGAACAGCCUGGCUCCACGAACCUGCUAACUAAGGCACUCGCUGCAGUUGGCGAACACCUGGAAACCAUCCCCGACCCGGUACAGAUUCAUUACCAUUGCCCUGAUCCUGUGCUGCAACAUCUCCUUGUCUAUCGAGAUGAAAAGCGAUGGCUGCAAGCGCUCACGGAGCGCUUUCCUGCAGAAAAAGAGGGGAUUCAUCGUUUCUACGGCGAGUGCUGGCAAGUGUUUCGAGCACUCAAUGCAUUGGAGCUGCGCUCUCUCGAGGAGCCUCGUUACCUCUUGCGAGUUUUUCGCCAAAAUCCUGGUGCUUGUUUCACGCUCCUGCGCUACCUCGGGGUCAAUGUCGGUACGAUCGCUCGCAGGCACAUCCGCGAUGAGACCUUGCUCCGUUUUAUCGAUAUUGAUUGUUAUGUAUGGUCGGUGAUGCCCGCGGAUCGCACCCCAAUGAUCAAUGCCGGUAUGGUCUUCUGUGAUCGCCACUAUGGAGGCGUCAACUACCCUCGUGGCGGUGUAGGCCAGAUUGCCCAGCGGCUUGCUGCAGGUCUCGAGAGGUGCUUUCCAGGCUGCAAGGUCUUUUACGGUGCUCGUGUGACCGAGAUAGAGAUGAUGUCGGAUCCUAGUGCUCCAGGUGGCAAACGAGCGGUAGGCGUUCGGCUCGCGGAUGGCAGGCGUUUUCGAGCCAGAGCUAUUAUUUCGAAUGCAACACGCUGGGACACGUUUGGCCUUGAGCCAGAGACGGUGCAGGAAGUGGCUAGUGCGACCACCGCAGCGCAUGCCUCGCUUCCGGUAGCAGCAGCGGUCGUUGCUGACACACCAACACGCGGCAGCGUCGCGGACAACUCGGGAACGGUAUUAGAAGCGCUGCUGCCUCAGAAGAGCCGUUCGUAUGAACCUGCCGUAUCGCCGGAAUUUUCAUCACCCACGACGACAGUUUCUUCGCAUGAUCGCAAGACUGGAGAGCACUUUAGAGCUGCUGCAGCUGUUUCUGGAGCAGGCGCGCAAGAGUUUAGGCCAGGACGACGGGCACUCGUGAACGCUGAACACGUUCCGGAAAUAGAGCGUCUCUGGUCGCAACUCUACGUGAAAGCACCUUCUUUCCUGUCGGUGCAUAUCGGCGUUAGGAGAGAUGCGCUCUCAAAUAAGGAUGGCAACCUCGAGGACUGCCAUCAUAUCAUUCUGGAGCGCUGGGAGGAUAUGGAGACAGCGCAUGGCGCGCUGGGCACGCUGUUUGUUUCGAUACCCACAGUUCUCGACCAGAGCGUUGCCCCCGAGGGCCGCCACAUCUUUCACGUCUUUACGCCAUCGUGGAUGGAGGAGUGGAAACAUUUAUCGCCGACCGCGUACCGGGAGCAGAAGGAGCGCUAUGCGGCGCGACUGUUGGAGCGUCUCGAGCCCCAUUUUCCUGGACUUGCUGCAGGCAUCGAGGAAAUGCAUGUGGGGACGCCUCGCACGCACCGGCGUUUUCUAGGUAGGCAAGACGGAACCUACGGUCCAAUGACGCAUCGCCUGCUUCAAGGCUUAUUCACGAUGCCUUUCAACUGUACUGCAGUGCGUGGUCUGUACUGCGUCGGUGAUAGCUCGUUUCCCGGCCAGGGUCUCAAUGCGGUAGCGUUCAGCGGUUUCGCUGCUGCGCACCGAGUCGCUGCCGACUUGGGCCUGGAGCCGCGUUUACCGAAGUUCAUUGACGAUUGGCUUGUUGACUUGAUUGCGAUCAAGCGCGUGAACUGGUUUAGUCGCAGAAUGCUUCGCACUUGA